AUGGCCAUCUCUGGAGUCGACGUCCCUGUCGAGCCUCUUCAAUCCAAGGAAGAUGUCGAGACUAUAGAGACAGCCUCCAACAGUUCACAGGAGGCGGUGGGGUUUGACAAGAAGGCCACCAAAAGGUUGAUCAGGAAGAUGGACUGGGCUCUUCUCCCUUUUCUGGCACUUCUAUAUCUUCUCUCUUUUCUUGAUCGAACGAACAUCGGGAAUGCUCGUCUUGCCGGUAUCGAGGAGGACCUUGGCAUGUCAGGAUUGGACUAUAAUGUUGCCCUUGCGAUCUUUUUCCCCUUUUAUGUCGCCGUGGAGCCGGCUUCCAACCUUAUGAUGAAACGAACCCGCCCCUCAAUCUGGAUUCCGAUUAUCAUGGUCGCCUGGGGUGUAUGCUGCACACUGAUGGGUCUUGUACACAACUACGCCGGUCUGCUUGCUGCCCGAGCUGCCUUGGGUAUAGCUGAAGGUGGCUUGUUUCCUGGAGUUACAUUUUAUAUUACACUAUGGUAUCGACGACACGAAUGUGGUCUCAGGAUGGCGAUCUUCUUCUCAGCCGCCACUGCCGCGGGUGCGUUUGGUGGUUUGCUGGCGAGAGCUAUCAUCGAAAUGGAUGGAAUUGGUGGCAAGGCAGGGUGGGCAUGGAUUUUUAUCAUCGAAGGCCUAAUCACGCUUCUUCUGGCAUCGCAUUCCUUGUUAUGA